AUGCGUCGACAUCGACAGAUCGCGAUUUUAGGUUAUCCUGGUGUUGGAAAAUCUUCUCUUGCUCAUCAUUUCGUUUACAAACAGUAUCAUGGUGAAUACGAUCCAAAUAUCAAAACAAAUCUUCAAUAUCAAUGCACAUUAAAUGGACAGGAAUAUGAUUUAACUAUCAUUGAUAAUGCAGGAUCAGAUCAAUAUACAAUUAAUCAUAUCGAUUUAGAAAAUAGUGAUGCUUAUAUUCUUGUUUAUGCUAUUGAUGAUAGACAAAGUUUUCAUAUGAUUUCGAAAAUUCGAGAGAAAAUUUUAUCAACAAGUACAGUUACAAAAAUCCCAAUUGUUUUAGUUGGAAAUAAAAUUGAUCGAGUUGAUGAACGAGUUGUGACUAAAGAAGAAGGACAAUCUUUAGCAAACCAAUGGAAAGUUCAAUUUGUCGAAACAUCUGCAAUGGAUUUCAAAACGGUUGGAGAAAUCUUUUCGAAAAGUUUAAAAUCAAUGGAAAAUAUUGAUAUGAGUGAAAGUCUUUCGAAUGGAACCAUUUCAAAUGAUUUCAAUAUGACAUUCGAAAAUUUUCUUAAUUGGACUGUUUCCAUUGAUUGUGGACCAUCAAUUGGUAAUUAUCAAGGACAAAUUAAAUCUGUCGAUGGAGCCAAUCAAACAUUAACAUUAACCAAUGCUUUUCUCAACGGAAUUUUAAUUGAACAAGAUUUGAUAACGAUUAAAGCCAAAGAUAUUCGAGAUUUGAAUCUUUUAUCUCAACCGGGUUCGUCAUUUCAAAUUCCAAAAACAAUUCAAAAGAAAUCGAAUCAGGAUAUCUCACAGCAACAAUCGAAACCUGCACCGAUUGCAAAUAAUGGAAAUAAAUCAAUUGGAACAAAUGUAAAUCAAUCGAAUCGAAAUCGUUCGUCGAAAUCUUUGUCAGAUGAAGGAAUUAAUGAAAAUGAAGUCAAUGAAGAAGUUAAUAAUCGAGAUCCAACGAUAAGACCUUUGACAUGUCAAUUAGCAGAUAAAUAUCGAUGUGAUCAAAUGAUUCUUGAACAUAAUAAUGGACCAAUUGAUUAUGAACAAAUUCAAUUACCUGUUCCAACAACUAAAAAAUAUCGAACUGACGAAGGUUUAAUCAUUCCUGCAAUUAACAUUGAAUUACGUGAAAAAUUGUUCAAUGCAGGUGAAUAUUAUGGUUUUACAAAAGAACGUCGAAUUGAAUCGAUGGGUCAUUGUACGAGUGAUAUGUGUUUGCAUUUAUUGGGUGGAACACAAAGAUUAUUAGUCAAAAAUCGUCAUCAACAUCCGACGAUUGUUGUCUUAGCUUGUCUAACUGAAAUUCAAGGUGCAUAUGCAAUUGCAGCUGGAAGAAUUUUAUCAUCACGAAAUAUUCGAGUUUAUUUAUAUUUACCACCAAAUUCGAAUUCAAUUCGAAAUAAUCUCGUGGAAAAUGAAUUACAACUAUUUCGAACAACUCAAGGAAUUAUAACAAAUAAUGUUUCAGAUCUUCCUCGUUCUCCGGUUGAUUUAAUUCUCAAUGGAUUAGAUUCAGCGAAUAAUUCUGAUUCGGUUCUAUUUGCUAAACCAUGGUAUCGUGAAAUUGUUCAAUAUUGUUCACGAUUACAAGCAUCAGUCAUCGGUGUUGAUCCUCCAUUAGAUGGUGGAGCAAUUGAAUGUAAAUAUUCAUUAGUCCCGUUGUUGCCACUUGUUGCAAUGUCAUCGAAGAAUGUUGGAAGACUUUAUUUAUGUGAUCUUUCCUAUGGACAAAAGGUGUUUCAACAUUUACAUAUUCGUUAUGCUUCACCAUUUGGAGCCAAAUCAUUUGUUGCCUUACAUGAGAAUUCAAAUUAA